UGGUGGUAGUAGUGGUGAAGGUCGGUAUAUAAGGAAGGGUCGCGGGAAUCAAAGGCUCACUCUGCCGCGGUCGCAAGAAGCGUCAAGACAUGAGAGGUGUAUCUGUGUUACUGGUGGGGGUGGUGUGGUGUGCACUGCUUGUCAGUGCACAAGAACCUGCAGAGUUGGAUUAUUACGAUUACUACUAUGAUGAUAUGGGUGCUGACGAAGCUCCUAACAAAGCACCUGCAGGUAAAGGGACUGCUGCAGCACCAACGGGUAAGGGGACUGCUGCAGCACCAGCGGAUAAGGGGACUGCUGAAGCACCUACCAAGUCAGAAACCGCCGGUACUGAAGUCCAACCUGAAGAACCUGCAGCAACUGAACCGCCAGUAGAGAAGUCCACCACCACUCAGCCGAGUGCCUCCAUUCCAAAACGUAAAAUAAUAAGUCUGAGUAGGAUUGCACACAUUGGUAGACGCAGACCAUCGCCUGGUUCAAUAGCAGCAGCAGCAGAUAGAAUUAAGCCUACUGAUGCUUCUCCUACCGCCCCAGCUAAAUCUAGUAAUGGUCGUACACGCUCGUCUCUUCGCAGCAGACCGUCUACUCCUCGACGUCAAUCAUCUAGGGUUGGGUCUGCCUCAAAGGGGGCAAGCACUGACACCAGUACCGCAAACGCUCCUCGGGAAACCCAAUCUUCUUCUAACUUAAGAACACGUAGUAGUAUUAGUCGGCCCCGUCCAUCAGCGUCUCGCACGAGGGAAUCAAGCAGUCCUGCUAGCAAAGCAGCUUCCAGUCGUACCACUACCACUGAUACGUCUGCCGACAGCACAAAGGGUCAACAACUCGGCAGUCGUGGAAGCAGAAUGAGGUCAUCUCGCCCUGGUUCCACCACCACCACCACUACCAGACCCAGAAGGAGAAACAACUACAGACACAGAUAUAGAGCCAGACAUAAUACACGGGGUAAGUUUAGACGCAUUCCAAAGUUCCACCCAGUCGUGACCACGCCGCCUCCCGUGAUAACCGAACCUCCAGUGACCGAAGAGAUGACAACACUAGAAAUAACAGAGGAUGGCAUGACAACCUUGCCACCUGACCUAGAACCACAAAUAACAGAGACCACACCAGAUCCAGUGUCCCCCAUCUCUGAGGCUGUAACUAUGUCACCUGCUCCAGCUCUUGAGACAACAACCAUGGCACCUGUCCCAGUACCACCUACAACAACUGAGCCUAUAACCAGGGCCACAACCCCAGCACCUCCCCCCCCACCACCAACCACCAGUACUACAACCCUGGCACCUCCCCCUCCACCACCAACCAGGGCCACAACCCUUGCACCUCCCCCACCACCACCAACCAGAGCACCUCCCCCCCUACCACCAUUCAGGGCUACAACCUUUGCACCUCCUCCCAUUCCACGGGUGAUGCUCACAACCAAGGCACCAGCUCUAGUACCCAUACCUGUUGAGGUCACACCCAGAACUGCAGUGGCCCCCAAACCAAUUCGUAUUAUUUCUCCUGUGACAUCACCAAACAGAGGCGUUUCCAGAUUCACACCACCAAAAGCUCCCACACACCCCAUCAUUGAGCCAGUUACAUCAGCGGCAGACAUAUUCUCCCCACCACUGUCACUCUCUGUAAAGUCUAGUGACAGGAUCAUUGAAACCACAAGAGAAGAGACGAGUUCCAACGACGUUACUCUCGGACCAGUAACAGUCGCUCCCAGUACCAAGGUGGAGACCGAAACCAAGUUCCGAAGACCGAAUUACGGACCGCCCGACAUAACUUAUUCCGGAGGUGCCGUCGUGUUAACGGAGAUAGGCACCAUCGAAGACUCUCCGCAGGACGAGGUUCGACUCAUUCUCAACGGACUUGGAGGCCGAAGAAGAGGACUCGGCCGCCCACAAGAAAAGAAGAUCCCGCCCCCUGCACCUGCCGCUGCUCCUCUGGCUCUAGCAGCAGUACCAAUAGAAUAUGAUUACUAUGAUGACUAUUACUAAGAAGUGUAGCUGUUGCCCACCAGAUAUUCUCACCUGGAUAUUGGGUGUUGAUUCCAGUAUAAUGUAAGUCCACACAUUUGUACAGAUCUCUCAGUUUUCUCGGCAUAUAGUCAAUGUUCAACACCACUCUCUGAUAAUUUUACAUUUGAAAUAUGUCUUGAUAUUUCAUUGGAAUAUAAUUGUAGUACAGUAUAAGGAGUUAAAUACUAUAGUUAGUUGCCAACAUACAACCUGUAUAUUAUAAUACAGGGGUUCCAGUGUUGCAAGUCUCAUAGACUCUUAACAUUAACUUUUUCCCUGAACUGAUGAUGUAAGGUCACGACAGUACUGUAUCAUUGUGUUGUAUCUUAUGUAUGCAGAUAAAGACACAUUCAAGGACCAUCUACACAGGUGAAACACUUAACACCUCUACUUUGACAAUCCAUGGACAUAAAUCUAGAAACAACAUAUACUCAAAUAUACUCAAAUUACUUGGUUCCAGACUUGUCAUCCGGGAAAUUAAUUAAAUCUGAAUAAAUAAGGUGUCUCAUAUGUUGUCACUGUAGGGAAAUUAAUUUUUGUUUUCAGAUGAAACAAUAACAAAUAAAAAAUGAUGAGAGAAGUUAACACUAGAAGAAAGAGUAAUUUUAAUGUUCACAAAUGGAAAUACUGUAGUCACUACACACCAAUCGGUUGCCCCAAAAAGUUUAAUCGACAGCACCCAUAUGUCUGGGUGUUUUCUAUUAAAGUCAUUUUCAUGCAUGUGUAGCAUCUGGCUUUCUGGACAGAAAUAUUAAACUCACUCUUUCCUCUAAUGAUAAUGUCUCUGUCAUCUUCACUGAUUUCUUAUUAUUCUGUCAUCUUAAAAAAAAAAAAAAACAUUAAUUUUCCUAGUGACAACCUAUAGACACUCAUAAGACCUAUCUAUAAGGUGCAGCUCAAAUGGACACUACUUCCAGAGGUCCCACCCUAACCUGACCUGACCCAAUUGCCAUCCUAAAGGUUAAGUUACAGUGGGAACUAUUACUACUGUGACCCUUAUAACCAGUCAUCAGAUUUAUAUAGUCUUUCUUCAACUUGAUAUUUCUUGAUGUUCGAGUGAAUGUCCGACAACCGUGUUAAAUCACUCGAGCUCAUAAUAACAUCAUAAUAACAUAUCAGACUCACUCAGUAAUAUAGUUGUUCUUUACCUUUAUUAGAUAUACAGGUAUCAUGAUCCUCUCUCUCUUACAUAUCAUGUUAUCACAGUUUUAGGAUUAGUUUGUUAUUUAUUUCAAACUAACAUUUUCAUUCUUAAUCUUUGACUUCUAUACUGUACAGGGUGGCCAGAAUUAGGAGCAACACAGACUCAAUACUUUCAUAUGCUGUCACUCCUUCAUACUUAUGGGUGAGACACAUAUACAUACAGUGCUCAGUUAUGAUAUUCCCCACAAGAUGGCCCUAAAUAUUGCUUCACACACACACACACUUGGCAUCAUCCACAGCGGCACAUCCAACUCCAAAUGCUGUAUAUACUCGUCUUCUCUGUGCUCUUUGGUCACUUGUGUACAUCGCUAGUUCCUGGAUGUUGAUGCCCCUAUCAGCUAGACAUACAUUAGCUUCUAGUUAUAAAUGAGUGGGGCCAAUGCCAGAGCUUUUAAACACAUUCAAUUCAUCAUCAGAAUAAUAAACAAUAAAACACAAAAUGAAGAUAAAAUUACAAUAAAAAAAUGCUUUUUAUAAUAUACUGUACUGGGACCUUACAUAUAGCACUUUCCUCUCUACAUAAUCUGUGAGAUGAGGGUUUCACAUCUAAUGGACCCUCGAUAUAAUGGACUUUUAUCUCCAUAUACUCUGUUAAAUAAAGGUUUCAUUGUAUAUUACUGGGAAUAAAAUAACAAAGAUAUGAAUAUUUAGUGGCGACUGAGCAUCACCCAACAUGAACCACACUGCAGUUCCUGGUGAGUGCAGGGCAUCACCACCUGCUGGACAAUACUUCCCAUCACUGACUAACACUAAACUACCAAGAAUCAGGUUAGUACUUAUUACAGGGUUUUCAAAAUGUUUUAUCUCAGGACUCAGGAGGUAUUUUGUUAAUAAGUGGGUGGUGGUCGUCAACAGUGGAUGGAGGCAUGACUCACUUCACCAGAGACAAGUUUAAGUGGGAUAAAAUACUUCACUCUUUGGUUGUGAAGUAAAUAGAAACAUUAAAUCAGCAAAUUGUUGAUAUUUCUCUGAUUAUAUAAAUGAAGAUUUUGUGCUGGGGAUAAACUGGACCACUGGUUCAGAUGUCAAUGGAGUCAGUCAAGUUUGCUGACAAUUGGUUCAUGAUGGAACUUUAAACUGGGCAUUGAGUCUUAAAUACUAUACACUACUAUCAUAAGUUGUUAGAGAAGGAGUUCAUGUAAUAUAAUAUAACCCGCCUCUGUGUAUCGUAUACUGUCGUGUAAAUCUCGCAUAGGUUUAAGGGUACAGUACGGUACACUAUAUAUUCCAAAGGUCUGGGGACCUGUAUCUUGCCACUAGAGUAUCUGGGAUCUAUAGCAGUUUAGAACAUUGUUAAGGCAAUUAGUAACAAGUUUUAUAUAAAGUAAGAUAUAGUUUUGUUUCUCUCCGUUCAUCUGUGUCUUAUAAACUGUUGUGAGGUCGGCCACUUGGGUCAGACCUCUCGUGUGACUCUCCAUCUCUUAUAUCCUUUAUAGCAGUACCAUUUAUACCACUACUUAAUGGCUAUAUCAUUACACAGUGCCUUAUGUAUUUAAAAACAUUAUCAUGUUCUUAUACAUCAAAGCUCUACUGAGAUACUGAUUUUCUGGAUACAGUUUUGAUUAAAUAUGAAAACUUCUACCAAACUCCUAUUACACUGAAUCCUUGAACCUCAUAAGAUAUACAGUAACAGUCAUAUUUAAGGGUUCAGAUCAGGGGUUCAAUGUUGGCAUGAUGCUGUUUUUGGAAUGUAUGUCUGUGUUGUGUGUGUAAUAGUGUACUAUGUGUGUGUGUGUGUGUGUGUAAAAAACAUGUUUAUAGUGUGUAGUGUGUAGAAUUACUCUAAUCCACAUACUGAUCAAGAAUAGUUCUGGCUAUUGUGAAAAUAUAAUUUAAAUAAAAGCAAAUUUAAGUUUUCAUUAUUCUUUAGUGUGAUUCAGUCAUUUCUGUAAGAGAUUUAGGAGUUUGGUAAAGACUUUCAGACCUGACUUAAUCCAAAAUUGGAAAUUCAUUGGCCUUGUAUGACUAAUCAGACCUCACUGAUAUUGUUAUUGGAAAUGAAAGUCUUUUACAGUACAUUAUGGAACACUUUAUCCAGCUCAAUGAUAUACUCUAUCUAUAACAUGGUGCUUGGAUUAUAUAACCCUUGAACAGCGGCCAUCAUUGGUGGGAAUUAUUUGCAGGGAUGGGCUAGGGUUAAGAAAUAAUAUAACUUCCAUUUUUAAGUGAAACACUAGUGAAAAAUAUGAAUGCCCUCAAUAAAUGAAUAACAGAGGCAGUGUAUGAUAUGUGGUUCUUCAUUAUACACACAUUUAUGAUCGAGGAUGGCUGGGCAGAUGGGCAGUUGCUGGUACUGAUUCUCAACACUCAGCAGGUAGCUACAAUAGGAAGCUUGAACAUCAAAGGGUAGUAUUUUCACCAUCAAGGAGUUCACUUAAUGGGGAUAUAGUACAGUACAAUAGUGUAAGGCCAAGUGUGCAAGCAAGGACCCAGCCAGCUCUAUGUACAAAUUUCUUCACUUGUGGGUCAACUCUCUGCCACUCAACUUUGGAAUCAUUUGAAACAGUAAAAAUAUAACAAUGAUCACUUUAAUUCACUGACAACAAAGAAGAAAGGCACUGUAUAGGAAUCUUUUAUAAUCAUUCAUUGUGCAGUGAAAUUUCUAUUAAACAAACUAAUAUGUGAAAGGUUAAUAGUACAUACAUUAGACCAAAGUUCGAUAAAUAUGAAACUUCCUUCUAACGGACAACUGUAUAUGAGAGAGGGUAGUUUGUUAUAUAUGAAACCUCCUUCUAAUGGACUAUAUAUACAAGACGUUAGUUAAUUAAAUCAAAGUCUGUUAUAUGGAGGUUUCAUUGUACUACUGUAAUGAUUCAAAACAUAAUGGUGACCUCGUAAAAUACUUUCAUGUCAUAUUUCAAUUUCUUUUUUUUAUUUUCCUUCGCAAUGAACUUGUACGUACGUUUAUUAGCACAGAUUAUGUAUUUGUUGCUCUGUCCUUCUCAGUAACUUCAUGUGAUAUUAUGUGGCAUUGUAUUAAUAAAGAGUAUUUACAAA